AAAUAAGUAACUCAACGUUCUACAUCCGGUCGCCAUAUUUCGUCGCCAGGCGGCGCCUCUUGUACGACGUCACUCGUGUAUCUAUAGUUUCCUUCUGUUUUGAAACCCAAGCUUAGUGAUUUAGUUCCUUGAGAAAUAUUUUAUUGGAAAAUCAAGUGUUACAAAGUGUGAAUCUAAAGGCAUAUAAAGAUGGAAAAGAGGGUCGCCUUGGAAUUAAGGGGAAGGAAUCCUUCACAGGUCAAGGAGUUGAACCUAGACAACUGUCGGAGUACUACCAAUGUGGCUGGUUUGUCAAGUGCAUACACAAACCUGGAAUUUCUCAGUCUCAACAAUGCUGGCCUCACCACUCUUAAAGGUUUCCCAACACUUCCCAAACUGAAGAAGUUAGAGCUCUCUGACAACAGAAUAUCUAGUGGGCUGAACUUUCUCAGCGGAUGCAAGAAGCUCACACACUUAAACUUAUCGGGAAAUAAAAUUAAGGACUUGGAAACUUUGAAGCCUAUUGAGCAUUUUGAGAAUUUAAAGAAUCUUGACUUGUUUAAUAAUGAAGUCACUACUAUUGAAGAUUACAGGAGUAAGGUGUUUGCUUUAGCCCCUUCAUUAAAAUAUUUAGAUGGGUUUGACAAAGACGACAGGAAGCUGGAUGAUAGUGAUGUUGAAGAUGAAGAUGAGAUGAAUGGAAAUGACGACAGUGAAGAGGAUG